UGGCCUCAGUGACACACAGACGUAUGGAUCCUCUGAUGCUCCUGUUUCUUCUCAUUGCUGGGCGCACAGGUGCUGACCGUGUGUCCUCAGUUGACACGGUGAUUGUACAGAGAGGAAGAUCUGUCACCAUCCCAUGUUACUAUGACAACAUGUAUCAACAACAUGUGAAACACUGGUGCAGAGGGACUUACUUGAGUCGUACUCCCAUAGUACGCACUGACUAUCAAAAGAAAAGUGGUAAAGUGUCAAUCAGAGAUGAUCCUGACCAGCGAGUCUUCACUGUGACUAUGAACAAUCUGACAGAUGGGGACUCUGGUUCCUACUGGUGUGGUGUGGAGAUCAGCAGACAUUCAGUUGCGGGAACAUUGGUUUACCUGUCAGUCACUGAAGCUUCUGGGAUAAGCUCCGGACCCCCCGCGACCCAGAAGGAUAAGCGGUUUGGUGAAUGGAUGGAUGGAUGGGACCAUUUUUCAGAAACCAUCAGGGCUUUUGCUGCUGUAUCUACCACCAAGAUGGUCCUACAGACAGUGUCAGUGCAUGAUGAAGAAGGAGAGAAUAAUGAAAAACAGAGGUGGGAGCAGGUUCUGUGUGCUGUACUGAAAGCUGGGACUGGUGUGUUUUAUCUGAUCUGCACCAUCAUCGCCGUUCAGCUGCACUGGAACUCCUGUAGAAAGAGGGGAACCAAUCAGAAAGAAGCAGAGUGUUAAGAAAUUCUUAUUAAAUAUAUACGCUUGUUAUCCUGUUAAUAUGAUUAUCAUACAGCCUCUAUUAGCACAUAUAAAUGAAAAACUAUGAGGCUGUAUCAGCAGGGUUAGGCUGUGCUUAUAUGAAAUGUGUCUUUAUAUUUCAUCAGCAUUUCAGUUUAUGCUGUAUUCAUUUUUUGUACAUAAAUCUCCCCAGAUCAGAGGUUGCUGGGAGGGGGGAUUACCUUUGUGGAGCAGAAUGACUCAGAAGAGCUGUAAAAUACAUGGUUAUGUUAAGUGCAUGAGGCCCUGCUCAGUCUGUCCAAUCAUACCAUGAGAGUCAGUUAAACACAGAGGGUUUGGUCUGUAGUGUUGGAUUAUCUGCUGGGAAGUUGUACAGCCAGUACUUUGUAUGACUGAUGGUCUCCUCUUCACAAGGACUUUGCUGCCACCUGCUGGUUACAUUCACACCUUUGAAAUUCUGCUUCACUUGGCUGUCUUAUCACUGUAGUAUGAAGAGUUAAAAACAAUUUACUCAUUAUUGAAACUAAAUUAAUUGUUCUGAUUUAAUAAAUCAUUGAUAAAUAUAUGGUUUACUGUGUACUUUGUAUUUUUCUGGAGUUAUUAAAAUGAUUAAAAGAGAAUGGAAAAUUU